AUGGUCCGACUAAUUUCCACAACGACAUUACAGAGUUAUACAGAAGAAAUCAUAGCCUAUACGUCUUCAUUGCUUAAAGAUGGUCCUGUACAAGAACAAGAAGUCCACAAAGUACACGACGAGUUGCUAAAUUGCUUAAGAACUCUUGAAAAAGAAAUUGAAAAGUAUGACAGAACCAAGACGAAACAGAUGAACGAAAUCCGUAUGCUAUCAGCUCAAAUCACCGAACUCACUGAUCGUGUGGAAAAAGCACGUCUGCGAGAAAAUGAACUUGCUGAAAGAGUCGCAAGAUGGGUGGAGUAUUUAAAGGAAGAAAAAGAAAAGAUGUUAUCGCGUGGAUCACGCCUUUACGCUACGGGAACACUUUCUGCAACCAUCUCCGAAGAUAUCGAAUAUAACAUUAAUAUGUUGAUGCAAAUGCGAGACAGGGUUGACAAGAAACUUCUCGAAAUUAAGGAAAGAAAAAGAGAUCACAAGAUUCAACUAAAACUGUUAAAAACAGAAAUGAUACAAAUGCAUCGAGAACUGGGGAAAUGGGAUAAAAAAUAUGAUGAACUGAAAGAAGCAACAAAACGUAUGGAAGUGUCACGUGGUCAGCUGCUGGAAAGAAUAAAGGAACAACGACAGAAAGAAACAGCCGUUAAGUUGAUAUGCGUAGAACUGGACAGGAAACUUCAUGAACUUUGCGGAACAGCUGCAACCACGGCACAUCACUGCAAGGACUACUGUUAUCCUGGCCACGGUCUUAACUGUCAAUUUUCUGUAACAACAACUUCGGCGAGUCAAGAGGGAACAACAUUUGCUUGA